AUGGGCUGUUUAAAGUAUCCGCGUGUUCGUUUAUAUUGGGAGAAUGCUACUGCUGUGAAUAUUAUUAUUGAAAAUAUGUCCAGAGAUCGAUUUUUCACAUUAUGUAGAAAUUUUCAUUUAAUCGAUAAUACAGAAAUUCCAAAAAAUAAUAUAGAUAAAUUUAUAAAAGUUCGUCCUUUAUACGACGCAAUUAAUAAAAAAUGUAAUAGUUUGCCGGUUGAAAGAAGGUUAAGUGUCGAUGAACAAAUGGUUCCCUAUAAAGGACAUUUGCAAAUGAAGCAAUAUGUAAAAGGUAAACCCUGUCCGUGGGGUAUAAAAGCAUUUUGUCUAUGUGGUGAAAGUGGUAUGGUUAACAAUAUACUGCUUUAUCAAGGGGCUACCACUGAACUAGAUAAAAGUACACAAAAAAAAUUUGGUCUAGACGCUAGUGUAGUUUACAUUUAA